UCCCCGGAAAAAUCUCAGCUUUUCCUUCAUUUCUAUAGAUGGCAAACAAACCAAAACGGUUCCUUUCUUUUCCAUUUUUUUUUUGUUUGGGUUUCAGCUUUUUCUCUCUCUCUCUUUCUCUCUCUGGUUGGUUCUUUUGUUCUGAGUAAAAACCAGAAAAGAUUUAACUUUUUUUGAACAAGAUGAUUCGCCAUGGAAGCUACGGUGAUGUUUCUUGCUGACAUCAACAACAGACAAAGACAGGAUUUUUUUUUGUCAAAGCUUAGAAGCUGCAUUUUUUUUGUUUAUCAAAUGUCGAAUCUUUCAGCACGAACAGGACGAGACCGUCAACGUUAUGACAACAACUUCCGCCUCGUUUCUGGAUGCAUUCCGUAUAGGCUGAUGAAAGAUGAAGAGGACUCAAGUGUUGACUUUGAAAAUAGGCUACAAGUUCUUAUGGUUUCAUCUCCUAACCGACACGAUCUUGUCUUCCCAAAGGGAGGAUGGGAAGAUGAUGAGACUGUUCUUGAAGCUGCAUCUCGCGAAGCCAUGGAAGAAGCAGGAGUUAAAGGAAUACUAAGAGAAGAUCCACUAGGAGUUUGGGAAUUUAGAAGCAAGAGUAGCAGUGUGGAAGCUGAAUGCUGCUUAGGUGGUGGAUGCAAAGGUUAUAUGUUCGCGUUAGAAGUGAAGGAAGAACUUGAGACAUGGCCAGAGCAAGAAAACCGCGAGAGAAGAUGGCUGAAUGUUAAAGAAGCUUUGGAACUGUGUCGGUAUGAGUGGAUGCAGAGUGCUCUUGAAGAGUUUCUGAGAGUAAUGGCAGAAGACGGAAGGCCAGGGGGAACACAAGAAGACCCUCUCGCCAUUUCCAGCAUUUCAAAUCGAGGAGAUCGUCAAAUUGAUCCUCGGUACUGCUUUGUAAAUUGUAGUUAAUUAGUUACAUUUCUAUUAGGCAGAUAAAUACUUAUCAACUGUUAUUUUUAUAUAAUAUAACUUCUGGAUUGUUGAAAAG